AUGGCUCUACCUGAGGGGAAAGGCAGCGGUGCCAAGCGACAGCUCUUGGGCGUCCUGGCCACAACAGACCUGACAAUCCGCCGCUUGGAUCUGAUGCUUUCCACGGCCAGUGGACAAGAACGAGUACUAGCAACCAUCAACUACACCGCCUCCAUACUCCAUCACCUCACAGCGUCAGCCCCGUGGCUAGCCCUGCAAACCAGACUAGGGAUACUCGCACGACUGAAAGGCCACACUCCGAAGCCCACCCCAUCUACGAAAUCCAAGUUCUCCGCCUUGUCCUCCCUCGCCUCGGAAACGAGAUAUAAUCUGCGGUUAUUCGGGCUUCUCGAGCUCUGGAUCUGGGGCGCCGAUACCCUCCGGAACCCACCGCAGGAUCGCACGCUCCAUGUCCUGACAGUGCUCCAGGUCAUCUCGAACGUGAUCUACCAGUUCCUGGAGAACGUGGGGUAUCUCGCUUCGAAAGGCGUCGUGUCGAAACGUCUCGUCGAGAAAUAUGGGAGUCUCACACAAUGGGAUCUAUGGAGUACCAGGGGCUGGUUUGGACACAUUUUCUUCCAGUUCUUCGUUCUCUGGCGGCAACAUGUCCUGCGCAAGCGACGUGUGGCUGCGGAGCGUGCGGCUGCCGGGACAGUUGAGAGCAAGGCGACGAAAGCGGAAGAUGACGAGGCGCUGCGCUUGGAGAUCCGAUCCUGGAAGAAGAGUUUGGUGAACAAUGCGUUCUGGGCUCCUUUGUGUCUGCAUUGGUGUUUCGAGAAGGGGAUUGGCAUUCCAGAAAGCUUGGCUGGGGUUAUUAGCUUUGGGGCCGGGGCUUGGAGUCUACAUGAUAUGUGGGCGGCGACUAAGUCGGUGAAGGCUUAG